AUGAAUUGCACUACGAACAACACCAACGCUACCGGUCGAAACACGAACAAUCUUGGCGCCAGUAUUAAUUCCAGUAAUGCCACUUCUUAUAGAUUCCAGACAUGUCUAGCCGAUCAGAUCGUUUCUGGGGCGCAGACGUGGUCACUUUCAUCCCUGUUUAACCUCUCGUGGGUAGUGUCCUACUUCAUCAUGGGUAGUUCCCGCCUGGUGCUCAGGUGCGCAUGGUAUCUGGCAACUUUAUCGCUUUUUAGGAUUCCCAAAUGGGUCUUCUUCAAGUUUCACCGCGUCCAUUUCACGCUCUCCUUCUGGCUGAUCUUGUUUGCUCUAGCUGUCGUCACCUUUGUGACCUACACCAUUAUGAAGGAGAGAAUCCUUUCUCAGUACAAGAAACUCACUCCGGAGUUCUUGCCGCUGGACAAUACAGGGAAAUCCGGCUCCAGCGCCAGCAUCGCCGCAUCUUCCACCCAAUCGGUCAACCCGUCGUCUGCCACAGGAUCUCCUCCCACGGCUCCAAGCUCGACUAAUAACUCGAAAAAGAAUCCAUUGAAAGAUGGCAACGAAAACGAAACAUUUCUCUCGUCCUACCUUGACCAAUUUUUAAGUGCCAUCAAAAUAUUUGGCUACCUGGAAAAACCGGUCUUCCAUGACUUGACUAAGAAUAUGAAAACCCAAAAAAUGGACGAAGGCGAGAUUUUGCUGUUGGACAGUACCAUUGGGUUUGCAAUCGUCGUCGAAGGUACUUUGCAAUUAUAUCACGAGGUAGACCGUUCGGAAAAGGACCAUGACGACGAAACUGACCAUAGUGACACAGAUGGUUUUGAGGAUGAAGAGGAGGAGGAGGAGGAGGAGGAGGAUGAUGAUGAUCACGACACCAGGUCCUGUUCUUCCAACCCCAUUGAUGAGGAAGAUGAAUCCGUGGGUUACAUUCGCUUGAAAAAUGGACUGGGAAAAUUUCAGCUCUUGAACACAGUCAAGUCAGGGAACCCACUGACCUCCCUCGUGAGCAUUCUAAAUCUUUUCACGGAUUCAAUGUCCCCAGAUAACAACAACAAUAAUAACCUUCCCUCCGAGUUAUCCUCGCCAGUAGACGCCACCGUUUCCGCCAGCAACUUAUUCUAUUCGUCAGAGCAGGACUUUUCGACCACGAAUUCCCCUGCAAACUCUAGUAAUGGCUCUCCAGCUUUCCCCUCUUCCAUGCCUAAACUAGUCGCUCGUGCUGCCACUGACUGUACAAUAGGUAUUAUACCACCACAGUCGUUCGCCAAAUUGACCGCAAAAUACCCGCGGUCUGCCUCUCAUAUCAUCCAGAUGGUACUCACCAAACUUUACCAUGUUACCUUCCAAACUGCUCAUGACUAUUUGGGCUUGACGAAGGAAAUUAUGGAUAUCGAGGUCCUACUGAAUAAAUCCAUCGUCUACGAGUUGCCGUACUAUCUGAAAGAGGCUGUCAUCCGCAAGUUUAAGAAUGCAGAUAAGACUGAUGGGUCAUCUGACUUGGCAUCACAGGCUAAAAAGAAUAAAGUUUCCUCCGAGUUGAAGAAACCAUCUAAAGCAAAGCCCACGGAUGAUAUUAUACAAUCACUUAAAAUCGCCAACGCCAACGCCAGUGCAAGUUCAAGCUCCCUUUUACUGAAACCAGAGUUCAUCCACCAUCCAAGUUCGAGACACGUUGUACUGGGUUCAAGAGACCAAUUCAAUCCUGGCGAUUUAUUGUCUAAUGUCCCAUUAUCUAGAACCAUUGCUAUGAUGUCACCUAAUCCAAUCCAUAAUAGCAACCGCCCUAAACUAAGUGGUAUUAAUACGUCUACGUCAAAUCACAACAAAAUAUCUUCCAGAAGUAGCAGUAACAACGCCUCCAUUCACUCAAAAAAAUAUUCCUCUUUGUCCCCUGAAUUGCGUAACGCACAACUUAAUUCAACCCCUUUGGCCAUGGAUAAUGCUACUCCAAAUGACCGUAUGCGCCAGAGCCCGGUCCAUUCGAGAGGGCGUCUCUCUCCAGGACCUAAUUUAUUACCAACAACAUCCUUCUCCGCUGCUCAAGAGGAAACCGAGGACUCUGCUCUAAGAAUGGCUUUGGUGGAGGCAAUGUUAACAUAUUUGGGUGUAGACAAAAGCAAUAUGUCCACCUCUUCUUCUUCGACGGCAAAUUUGUCCUCUUCGAAUUCUCCUCAAUUUGAUGGUUCAUACAGUCGCCGUCCAAGUGAUGCAAGCUUCUUAAUGAAUCCUAACUAUACACCAUCUGACGUUUCUGUAGCUUCGUCAUUUGCAUCACCAAAAACCCAACCGACAAUGUUGAGAAUCUUGCCAAAGGAAUACACCAUUUCCUCUAACAAAAGGCAUGUCAAUAAUAAAAACUUUAAUAAGAAAAGAGCUAGAACCUACAAAGAGGAGUUGACACCAAAUUUGGACUUCGAAGAUGUUAAAAAAGACUUUGCACAAGGCAUCCAACUAAAAUAUUUCAAAAAAGGCUCCACCAUAGUCGAACAGAACGCUCGUGGUAAAGGUCUGUUCUACAUCAUUUCUGGUAAAGUAAACGUAACGACAAAUUUUUCCUCAUCCGUAGUAUCCACAAUGUCUAAACCUGAACAGGGUUCAUCAACUCCACGCAAGGGUGAAAAAUCACAUCAUUCGCAGCAUUUUUUAUAUUCUGUAGGUUCUGGUGGCAUUGUGGGUUAUUUAUCCUCUUUGAUUGGCUACAAAUCGUUUGUAAAUCUCGUUGCUAAGACUGAUGUUUACGCUGGUUUCUUAUCCAGUGAAACUUUGGAAAGACUGUUUGAUAAAUAUUUUUUAAUUUAUUUGCGGAUUUCUGAUUCGCUAACUAAAUUGCUAUCUUCAAGGCUAUUAAAGUUAGACCAUGCUUUGGAGUGGGUCCAUUUAAGAGCAUCUGAAACUCUCUUCUCGCAGGGUGACUCGGCUAAUGGUAUUUAUGUUGUUCUUAAUGGUAGAUUAAGGCAACUACAACAACAGUCGUCAUCCAACUCUAAUACACUUCCCGAAGAUGUUGAGACUCAAAAUAUCAUUAUAGGAGAAUUAGCCCAGGGCGAAAGUUUUGGCGAGGUUGAAGUUCUUACUGCUAUGAAUAGAUACUCUACAAUAGUGGCCGUGAGAGAUUCUGAAUUAGCGAGAAUUCCAAGGACUCUAUUUGAGUUGCUAGCUCUUGAACAUCCAUCUAUCAUGAUUAGAGUUUCAAGAUUAGUCGCCAAGAAAAUUGUUGGAGAUGGAACUGUACCAGCAUUAACAGGCGAUCCAUUAUCUAUAAAAGAAAAUGACUUCAGUUCUCUAAUUCCCCCAACUAAGGCGUCUUAUUCUAGCUCAUUAAGCCAUAAACCUCAAAACAUUACCUCCGGUACGAUCACUUUUAGAACCAUCACCAUCUUACCAAUUACCAGUGGGCUACCUGUGGAAGCUUUUGCUAUGAAAUUAGUCCAAGCCUUUAAACAAGUCGGAAGAACUACCAUUGGAUUAAAUCAAAGAACCACCUUGACACACUUGGGCCGUCAUGCAUUUGACAGGUUGUCCAAACUAAAACAAAGUGGUUACUUCGCUGAAUUGGAGGAAAUGUAUCAAACUGUUGUUUAUAUAUCAGAUACACCAGUUAAAUCUAAUUGGACAAGAACCUGCAUCGCACAAGGUGAUUGUAUUCUUUUACUAGCAGAUGCUAGAUCCCCAUCGGCCAAUAUCGGAGAAUAUGAAAAGCUAUUAUUGAAUUCAAAGACAACUGCCAGAACCGAGUUAAUUCUUCUACAUCCUGAAAGAUAUGUAGAACCAGGAUUGACUCAUAAAUGGUUACGCUAUAGACCAUGGGUUCAUUCCCAUCAUCAUAUCCAAUUUAGUUUAACAGGACCAGCCUUGAUGAACGAAGGCAAAAUGCAUGUCUUGAAUAAUGGUGCGUUGGCACUGAUGGAUAAAUUAAUUCAAACAGAAUUCAGUAGAAAAACUCAACUGAACAUAUCAAAAUUACUACCAGAUUCGAUCAAAAAUACGGUAGAGAAUUUUUCCUCAAGAUUUAUGAAAAGUAAAAGACAAUAUUACACGCCAGUACAUAGGCACAAAAAUGAUUUUCUAAGGUUAGCUAGAAUUCUUUCCGGCCAAGCUAUCGGACUUGUUCUUGGUGGUGGAGGUGCUAGAGGUAUUAGCCACUUAGGUGUCAUCCAGGCUAUUGAGGAGCAAGGUAUUCCUGUUGACGUUAUUGGCGGUACAUCUAUUGGGUCUUUUGUUGGGGGAUUGUAUGCAAAAGAUUAUGAUUUGGUGCCAAUUUAUGGUCGCGUGAAGAAGUUUGCUGGUCGAAUUUCCUCUAUAUGGAGAAUGUUAACGGACCUCACCUGGCCUGUUACUUCUUAUACUACUGGUCACGAAUUCAAUAGGGGUAUUUGGAAAACUUUCGGAGAUACAAGAAUUGAAGAUUUUUGGAUUCAAUACUAUUGUAAUUCUACUAAUAUUACCGAUUCGGUUCAAGAGAUACAUUCCUUUGGGUAUGCUUGGAGAUACAUCAGAGCUUCAAUGUCCCUUGCUGGUCUUUUACCCCCUUUAGAAGAGAACGGCUCUAUGUUGCUUGAUGGUGGAUAUGUUGAUAAUUUACCCGUUACUGAAAUGAGAGCACGUGGUUGUCAAACUAUAUUUGCAGUCGAUGUAGGUUCUGCUGAUGAUAGAACACCUAUGGAGUAUGGUGAUUCCUUGAAUGGGUUUUGGAUCAUUUUCAAUAGGUGGAAUCCAUUCUCUUCUCAUCCGAAUAUACCCAAUAUGGCUGAAAUCCAAGUAAGAUUGGGUUAUGUUGCAUCGGUGAAUGCUUUAGAAAAGGCGAAGAAUACACCAGGUGUUGUUUACGUCAGACCACCUAUUGAAGAAUAUGCGACCUUGGACUUCAGUAAAUUCGAAGAGAUUUAUCAUGUGGGUGUAGACUACGGACGUGUGUUUUUGCAGGGGUUGAUUGAUGACGAUAAGAUGCCAUACAUUCCAGGUUCGCAAGAAAGCACUUUGAAUUCUGAAGUUCCUGAGUUUUUACUGCAUAGAAGAAAUAGUGUUUGA